AUGCUAGGCAAGACUAUUGUCAGACAAUCGAUUAACUUUGAGGAGAAGUUUGGACAUCUUUUUCCACAUGCACCCCACACCCAGAAUCAAAGCAUUGAUACCAUCUUCUGAGAAGAUAUGUUUGAGAAAGGGAAAAAUGAUGAACUUUCAAAAUUUAAAACUAAGCAUUCAGCGAAAAAGUCCAAGAUUUCUAUCAAGAAGAAACACAAGCAAUCAACUACUCAGGAUCUUAAGAAAAAAAACAGAAGGACUAUUGCGAAGAUGAAAUUACUUGCUAAUACACCUGACAUACUUUCAUCAAAGAUAAAAGUCAAUAGUAGAAUAGGUAAUGAGAAUAAAAAGUCAUCUGUAUCCAUCUCUGCAGGAGCUAGAGGGGUGUUUGACUCUGCUAUUGGGACAGAUAACUUGGCUUAUUCGUUUCAAUCUGCAGGGGACUCGUUCCUCCCCACUGUGAAAGAAUCAGAUGCUUCUGGAUCUCAAUGCUCUGUCUUAUUCAAUAUAAAAAGAAAGAGCCAUAUUAAGAAGUUUCAAGAACGUUCGGCUAUCAAUUCUUUUAAAGAGAACCUAGACUCUAUGCAAAGGCUUGUGAAUAUAAGCUAUGAGCAAUCUCUUAAAAAUAACACGACACAGGAGAACGGGCUGCUCCCUGUUAUCAUGGAUUCAGUGGACAGCUUUAAAAGAAAUUUGAGCGAUCUGAAGGAAAAAUGAGAAAUAAAAUUUGAGAUUUAUGAGUUGUUUCAGUCAAUUAUGUCCACUCUUUCAAUGAUGCUUUCAAAGCUGCAAGGGUCUAUCCAUACUAAAUCUCUUGUCUUUUCCUCUCAUGAGAAGUCCUUCAAAGAGGAGAUUAUGGAGAAAGAUAGGAUUAUUGAAUCCUUAAAGAAAAAGGAUACAGGCGACACAAUUCGUAGCUGUAUUAACACAACUAAGGUCAUCGAUACGAGAAUCAAUGACUUUAUCCAGAUGCAAAGUCUCAUGACUCGUGAGGAGUAUGAAGGCAUGUCCUACUCUAAAGCUGACCAGGAUCUUGAGGACAUGUUUGAGUUCUUUCAAUUCAUUGGAGGAACUCAUGUUGACAUCCAGACUUUUAGAGAAAAAUUCGAAAAUUUUGAUAAAUUUCAGAGUGUUAUUCGGUCUCAAGGAAAGAAUCUUCAAGUUAUCACUUCGAAAAUGAUGGCUAAGAGUAUGACUAAUGAGGGCCCACAGCUGACAACAGUCCAGACCCAGACCAGGAGGAUCGAUGAUAAUGAUCAGCUUCAGGAAUAUGAAGAUAGAAUUAAAGAACUAGAAUUUCACUUGAAGAACCAAGAUGCUUUGAUAAAUAGGGUCAUGGAGAGAUCCAAAAUGCUUGAAGAGGAAAAUAAAAAACUAAAAGACUCAAAUCUACAAGAAAGAAUCCAUUCAUCAGAAGUAGAGAACUGAUUUGAGAAGGGAGACAAGAAGAGACUCAAAUUAAGAUCAGAAGUCAAGUUCUUAGAAGAUCUUGCUAAGAAACAAUCUGCUUUGAUUCAAGCAAAGGAUAAGAUCCUUAUUAAGCAUGAUUUAUUAGACAAAGUAGAAAUGCCAGAUCUUUCAGGAGAGCAUGAGGAAAAACUAAAGGAGAUUAUCCUUCAAAAUGAGAAAAAUGACAGGCUGGAUCAUCUUGAAGAGGAUGCUGUGAAGGAAAUCGAGAAUGAUAUUUCUAACAAAAGCCACCAAAGAUUAAAAGGGCUAUCAUAUGAUUUUGCCAAAUCCAAGCUAUUUAAGAAUCCUUUCAAGCCUGUUUGAAAGGAUAGAGUUGUCCAGACUGAUGAAGGUUUAUUGCCUAUAGAAACAAGUAUUUCCUGCCAGAGGUGUGCCUCCAUUGUCAAUUCUGGAGAGUCUGAUACAAAACAACUAAUGGGAUCUGAGAAUAUGCAGUAUGAUAUGAAGAAUAAGAGAGAUUUUAAUUCUAAUAUUGAUAUCAAAGAUGAAAGAAGUCAACAUCUUUCAGAUAUAAGUUCUAAUCAAAAUUUGAGAGAUGAAAUGCAUUCUCCACUUACAAACAUCUCUAAAAAUUCCAAAGACACACAUUUUCCACUAAAUCAGCCAAAGAACCUAAAAUCCAAGCCUAAAACCCUCUCAGACCCCUCCAAACUCAAAAACCCCACCCAUAAAUCCAAAUCCCAAAUUAAAUCAAAAUUCUUCAAACCAAGCUCCAGACCUCACCCCAAGUCUACUCUCCAUCUUUCCGCCCACUCCAGCCCCUCAAAACCGCACAAAACCUCGCACAAGGCUACUUCGAAGACUACCUCUAACAACAAUGAUUUUACCUCGAGUAGUAAAUAUGAUAAGGAGCUCUUAAAGAGAUACGAACACUUAUUUCAUAAAUCUGGAGACCAAUGAGCAACACCUAGUGCCAAAAUCUCUCGCGCACAAUCAUCUGACUUUAAAGAUCUUCCAGAGAGCAACUUAAUACCCACUAACACUCUCAAAUCUCAGAAUUCCUUUACCAAAUUAGUGCCUAAGCUAGAGCCUCAUGUUCCUCUCCUAAGGAGACGAAUCAUUGUCAAUCGCAAUAGCUCUUCUAAAAGAUCGCAAAGGACUUUGAAGAAGAAUAGUGACCUGAACUUUACACAAAAGAUGUCUACUUUUAAUAAGGCUGUUGGCAAGGCAGAGUCGCAGAGAGCUCAGCUGGAACCAAAGAGACCGACUUCAAAGAAUGUUCGCAAAUCCAGGAAGUCUUCCAAGGCUUCACAGAGACAUGAUGAAAGCAAGUAUGUGUCUUUCCUUGGGGGAGCAUGCAAUUUUUCGGUUCAAUAAUUGAGUGGAAAUGUGGG